GGAAGUCAAAGUCUGAAGGACCUGAACAAAACAAUGGUCAAAGCCAAUUUUCCAAGGUUCGCUGAGCCAAUACCGAACAUAACAGUGACUGUAGGUAGAGAUGCUUUGUUAGCAUGUGUCGUGGAUAAUUUAAAAGGAUACAAGGACGUAAUUUUAUUGAGAAGUAAUUUGAUGAAGUCAAUUUCAUUUAUCGUUGCUUCUAAGGUCGCGUGGGUGCGAGUCGACACUCAAACUAUUCUCAGCAUUCAUCACAAUGUCAUCACACAGAAUCCUCGCAUUGUCUUGACUCACAACGACCAUCGAAGUUGGUAUCUGCACAUAAGAGAAGUGGAAGAGUCAGAUCGAGGAUGGUAUAUGUGUCAAGUGAACACAGAUCCCAUGAGAUCACGAAAAGGUUACCUCCAAGUUGUCGUUCCGCCUGUUAUCGUGGAAUCGAUGACAAGCAAUGAUAUGGUUGUGAGAGAAGGGACGAAUGUCACAUUGACGUGUAAGGCUAAGGGCUUUCCAGAACCAUAUGUUAUGUGGCGUAGAGAAGAUGGGGAUGAGAUGUCAAUUAGUGGCGAAAGUGUGAACGUAGUCGAUGGCGAAAUCUUAUCGAUAACAAAAGUCAGCAGACUUCAUAUGGCGGCAUAUUUGUGUGUGGCAUCGAACGGCGUUCCACCUUCAAUAUCCAAACGUGUACAACUUAAAGUGCAAUUUCCGCCAAUGCUCUCAAUUCCAAAUCAGCUGGAGGGAGCUUAUGCGGGUCAAGAUGUCAUUCUUGAAUGCCACACUGAAGCGUAUCCUGCAUCAAUUAAUUAUUGGACGACGGAAAGGGGCGACAUGAUAAUAUCAGAUACCUCGCGGGCAGGCGAUAAAUUCGAGACGAUUUCUACAAACAGUGGCUACAGCAAGUUCAUGAAACUCAAAAUAAGAAAUGUAGGACCAAAUGACUUUGGAUUUUAUCGGUGUGUCGCUAAGAACUCGCUGGAAAUCGCAGCACCAACGACAACUUUGACUACAGAACUGACACUUUUUAAUAAAAUCAAGAACAAAAUCAUCAAAAAAACCAACUUGAACCAAGCCAUGAAUGACUACACCGACGAAUGGCGAAACAGCGUGGCCGAAGCUGAUUAUAACGGCGAGUAUAUGCAAUCAUCACGAUCCCCGCCAAUUCGACAUCCGCCAGGUGCUUUUCAUAACGCUUCACAUAUGUUAUCUCAUCGAAAUGGACUUUUUGUGUGCUUCACAUCGAUAAUUAGUUCAUUCUUGAUCCAGCUCAUAUUUCUGCAGUGGCAUCAUCGGUGA